UUCUCCGUCCACUGAGUAAACUAAUCAAACCUCUCUCUCUCUCUCUCUUUGGCGGAGAAAAAGUCGCCGAUCCGACUGUGUAAAAUGAUGAGCCAUGGUGGUGGUGGCGGCGGCGGAGGAGGAGGAGACGCUGAACGUAUGUUAGCUCAAGCAGAGAAGCUACUCUUAAGCGGAGACUUAAACGGUUCAAAAACCUAUGCGAUCCGCGCAUGCGAAGCCGAUCACUCACUCGUAGACCACGCCGAACUAAUCCUCGCCGUCGCCGAUACUUUAAUCGCCGGAGAAUCAAGAAUCAGAGGAACAGCCUCCGAACUUCCCGACUGGUACGCCGUGCUCCGUCUCGUUCGUCUGACUCACAACCCUGAACUCGUCGCGACUCAGUACAGCAGACUCGCCGUGUUGCUUAACCCGGGUCGGAAUCGGUUCCCGUACUCUGAGCAAGCUUUUAGGUUGAUCUCUGAUGCUUGGUAUGUUCUCUCUGAUCCUUCUAGAAAGGCAUUGUAUGAUAGGGAACUGCAUCUGAGUCAAUUUGGGAACCUCGGUCAAUUAGGGUUUCAGCUUUUCAAUCAAUCCCCUCCUCCUCCUCAAUCGCAAUCGCCUCAGCAUCAGAACCAAACGUUGUCGUUUCAGAACCAGCAGUUACCAUUUCAGCUUCAUCAACCACAUUUUGCUCAGCCUGUACAGCAACAACAACAACAACAAAGGUCUCAGUUUGAUCAGCAGUUAUUGCAGGACCAACAACAAGCAUCUUGGAGGCAACAGUUUGGUCAAGAGCAAACUAGUGAUUGGAAAAGACCACUAGAAGAGGAGGAAGAGAGGUUGAUUAAUUUGAACAAUGCAACUGAUAGGAGUGUUCAGUCUAGUCGUCGUUUUGCUGAGCCGGACCGACCGCCUAGUAGAUCUUCUUCUCAUAGGACUCCUUCCACUGAUUUGACAUGGGCUUCAUCUAAGCCUACUCCAACAUCUGCCUCUGUACACCAUUCUGACUCUGUGCCGUGGCAGUCCAAUGAGCCAGCUAGGCAGUAUCAGUCAUCUAGUAGGUCUAGUGAAGCUGCUCAUCUCUCGCUGCUUCCUUCUGUUUCAGUCUCACCUCAUGCAUCUCAGCCAACUCGCUCGAUUCAGUCACAUGCAGUCUCUAAACCGCAGCCAGUUUCUAAACCACAUCCGCCAUUCCCAAUCUCUCAGCCUCCAUCGACCUCUAAGCCAUUCCCUAUGUCUCAGUCACCUCAGACCUCUAAUCCGUUCCCUGUCUCUCACUCAUCACUAAAGUCUAAGCCUUUGCCGGUCUCUCAGUCAUCACAAAACUCUAACCAAUUCCCGGUGUCUCAGUCAUCAUCGAAGUCUAUGCCAUUCCCUGUGUCUCAGCCACUACCUACCUCUAACCCAUUUCCGGUGUCCCAGCCAGCACCAAACUCUAAACCAAUCUCCAUGUCUCAACCAUUAUCGACUGCUAGACCUUUCCUAGCAUCCCAUUCACCACUACCCUCUAAGCAAUGUCCUAUAUCUCAGCCACCUCCGACCUCCAAGGCAUUCCCGGUAUCUCAGCCACCACCAGCCUCUAAGCCAUUCCCAAUAUCACAGCCAUCUAAUACCUCUAAGCCAAUGCCAGUAUCUCAGCCACCCACAACCUCUAAGCCAUUUUCUAUGUCUCAGCCACCACCAGCCUCUAAGCCGUUCCCAACAUCACAGCCAUCCAAUAUCUCUAAGCCAAUGCCAGUAUCUCAGCCACCCACAACCUCUAAGCCGUUGCCAGUGUCUCAGCCAUCACCGGCAUUUCAGUCAACCCGUCCCUCUCAGCCACCUGCAGCCUCUAGUUCUCUCUCUCCACUGCCUCCUGUCUUCGAUUCAACUCAAUCAUUCGAGCCACCUCCAGUCUCAACUACUCCCUCUCCGGUUCCAGCAGCCUCUACUAUCCCAUCUCCACCACCGCCUGCUCAGCCAACUCGUGUUUUUAACCAAACCCAACCUACAGAACAUACUCCAAAGACCGGGGCUGCAAGACCAGAUUCCGAGCCGGAGGUUCUGAGUUUCUGGACUACUUGUCCAUACUGCUACGUGCUUUAUGAGUAUCCCGUCAUUUACGAGGAAAGCGUGCUUAAAUGCCAAACUAAGAGCUGCAGGAGAGCUUACCAAGCGGUGAAGGUUCCUUCACCACCGCCAGUUACCGAAGAAGAUAGCUACUAUUGCUGUUGGGGUUUCUAUCCAGUAGGAUUCUCAGAAGUUACUAAAGUCCCAGUCAGUGGUUUACAGUCUAAAAUUCCAGUCAGUGAUUUACCCAAAUCAGCACCCAAAAAACCAUCUCCAAAGGUAUAUUAUUAUGACGAUGAAGAUGUUGAUGAUGAUUCAUACAUAGAUUCGGAUCUUAGUGACGACGAUGAUGAUGAUGAUGAUGAUUGGCUGAUGAAUGGAACAAAAAGGAAGAAAAAUGUGAAGCAAAGUAAAGCUAAAGCUUCAACCAAAACAAAACGUCGAAAAGCAAUUGAGGUUGAUUGAGUAAAAAAAAAAAAUCAGGUAGGGAACAGAAAGAGAACAACUUUCAUGUAAGGCUCUCUCUCUCUUCUUUAUUUCUGGCUCUGUUUGUUGUACUUUUUAGUUGUAGUAGCUUCUAUUUUUAUGUAGUGUAGGGUAAAACUGCUUGCUUCCGCAGUUUCCAUGUUCUGUUUAGGCUCUGCUGCGGUCGGAUCGGUCUUAGUGAUUCGAGGUUAAGCUUAGAAACAACGUUUGUAACUUGUAAUGAUGUUCUGGUGCCUCUUUUUGGAUUAAUGUAGUAUCAUCCUUUUUUUGGAAA